CCGCUCCAGCCCGGGACCCGCGGCUGCAUCCCGGAGCCCGGGGACCCGCCACUGCAUCCCGGAGCCCGGGGACCCUGCAGGCUGCAUCCCGGAGCCCGGGGACCCUGCAGGCUGCAUCCCGGAGCCCCGGGACCCUGCAGGCUGCAUCCCGGAGCCCCGGGACCCUGCAGGCUGCAUCCCGGAGCCCGGGGACCCACCACUGCAUCCCUGAGCCCGGGGACCCUGCAGGCUGCAUCCCGGAGCCCGGGGACCCUGCGGCGCUGGCUCCUCCUGGCCGCACUUUCCCGGAGCGGGGUCGUGGAGGAGUCCCCCUCCGCCUCUCCGUGCGAUCGCCAUGCGGAGAGCAGCGGGCUUCCCAGCCCUGUGCCUGCUCUUCGGUCUCCAGGCUGCAGGGUGCUUUUCAGGAAACAAUGAUCACAUUUUGGCAAUUCAUCAUAAGAGGACUGGGAAGCCAGCAUUCCUUUAUCACCAUUCACAAGACAUUGAGAAGAGCCUGGACAUAGCUCCACAAAAGAUAUAUAAACAUUCUUCUUCUGAAACUCAAGUAAACAGAAACCACCAAAUUGUCGAUUCAGCAUUUCUUAGGCCUGCGUAUGAUCCAUCUCUCAAUCUGUUGGCCGUGGCUGGUCAAGAUCCUGAAGUUGAAAACCUUCCAAUCCCUGCAGCAAAUGUAAUCGUGGUGACACUGCAAAUGGAUGUCAACAAGCUGAACAUAACCUUGCUCCGAGCUUUCCUCCAGGGAGUGGCGGCCGCGUUAGGACUCUUACCCCAGCAAGUGCACAUCAACCGCCUCAAUGGAAAGAAGAACAGCGUGGAACUCUUCGUGUCUCCCAUAAACGGAAAAGGAGGCGUGUCUGACGCCCUGCCAUCUGAGGAAGUGCUGCGCUCACUUAACACCGAUGUCUUGCAUCAAAGUUUGUCCCAAUUUGGAAUCAUAGAAGUUUCCCCUGAGAAAAAUGUGCUACAAGGGCAGCAUGAAGCGGACAAAAUCUGGAGCAAAGAAGGAUUCUAUGCGGUUGUCAUAUUUCUCAGCAUCUUUGUUAUGAUAGUAACGUGCUUGAUGAUUCUCUACAGAUUAAAGGAAAAGUUUCAGCUUUCUUUGAGACAAGAUAAAGAGAAAAAUCAGGAGAUCCACCUGUCACCCCUCGCUUUACAGCCAGCACAGACUGAGGCAAAGACAGUCAACAGCAUGGUCCAGCCUGAGCAGGCGCCGAAGAUACUGAGUGUGGUCGUGGACCCUCAAGGUCGAUACGCUCCUGAGAUCAAAGCUACCACCUCUGUCUGCCCUUCUCCUUUCAAAAUGAAACCCAUCGGACUUCAAGAGAGAAGAGGGUCCAACGUAUCCCUGACAUUGGACAUGAGCAGCUUGGGGAAUGUGGAACCCCUUGUGGCUGUACCAACCCCACGGGAGAAGGCAGCAAUGGAGUAUCUACAGUCUGCCAGCCGAAUUCUCACAAGAUCACAGCUGAGGGACGUCGUGGCAAGCUCACAUUUACUCCAAAGUGAAUUCAUGGAAAUACCAAUGAACUUUGUGGAUCCCAAAGAAAUUGACAUUCCACGUCAUGGAACUAAAAAUCGUUAUAAGACCAUUUUGCCAAAUCCCCUCAGCAGAGUGUGUUUAAGACCAAAAAUUAUAACUGAUGCAUUGAGCACCUACAUUAAUGCUAAUUAUAUUAGGGGCUACAAUGGCAAAGAGAAAGCGUUCAUCGCCACGCAGGGCCCCAUGAUCAACACCGUGAAUGACUUCUGGCAGAUGGUUUGGCAGGAAGAUAGUCCUGUGAUUGUUAUGAUCACAAAACUCAAAGAAAAAAAUGAGAAAUGUGUGUUAUACUGGCCCGAAAAGAGAGGGAUUUAUGGAAAAGUCGAGGUUCUGGUUAUCAAUGUCAAUGAAUGUGAAAACUACACUGUUCGGAACCUCGUCUUAAAGCAAGGAAGUCACACCCAACAUGUGAAGCAUUACUGGUACACCUCAUGGCCCGAUCACAAGACUCCAGACAGUGCCCAGCCCCUUCUACAACUCAUGCUGGAUGUGGAAGAAGACAGACUUGCUUCUGCAGGCCGAGGGCCUGUGGUUGUCCACUGCAGUGCAGGGAUAGGUAGAACGGGGUGUUUUAUUGCUACAUCCAUUGGCUGUCAACAGUUGAAAGAAGAAGGAGUUGUGGAUCCGCUAAGCAUUGUCUGCCAGCUUCGGGUAGACAGGACAAUUAAAGCCCUAGAGGUAGGUAUAGAUUUACUUGACUUCACAGUUCCUGAGACCAUACCUCUGAGAAAGUCCUCUGAGGCGGGAUGGUCCAAACCAGUGAGCAGUAUGAAUUUGUGCAUCAUGCUCUGUGCCUGUACGCUAGCAGACUUUCUGCAGAAACAGUCCAGUGAUUCUCUGAAGAUUUACCAGGCCAUCAAUCUCUAGGGGUGACUAAUCAAUUGCCCACUUGACGCUUCUAGAAGAAGCUUCCUGCGAGGAGAGGAAAGAGAAGCCCUGAAGUCAAGCUCUGGCAUGGACGUGGAAGAUGGCAACACGGGAAAGGUUGCCGGCCCCUUGUGUGUGUGAAUGCGUUUGUAAGCAGCUCCUAAGUUAUUCUGAAGGUCCUGUACUGAUGGAGGGAUGAUAGACUUCGCCCACAGCUAAGAAGGCUUUUGUUGUGUCUGUAUUGAUUAUCUGCCACAUGGAAUGUAUGUAUGAAACACCCACUGAUACAUGUCAUCAGAUGAUGACUGGAAGAGCUGCUGAAGAAAUUACUAUUGUGUGUUUAGAUGCUUUAAUGUUUGCAAAAUCUGUCUUGCGAAUGGACUGUCAGCUGUUAAACUGUUCCUUUUUAAGUGCUAUUAUCUUUCUCAGUUACCAGAAUCUUGCCGCUAAAGUUGCAAGGGAUUGAUAAAGGUUUUUUAACAAAUGAGUCUUUGCUUUUGAAAAGAAAAAAAAAAAAUCAAAGGCAGUAACUAUUUUAUAUGGAAAUGUGUCUUGAUAAUAUUACCUACUAAAUGUGUAUUUAUCAGUACCUCCUAUCAAUCAAUUACAGAGCACAAUGACUGUCAUUGGGUAUCUAUGUAUUUAUUCUCUUUAUUGGGCAUUGAGGUGGCUGCUGCUGCAGAACUCUAUUCACUGUAUUUGUACAUUGUGAGUCACUUUACUGUAAAAAGGAAACACAGAUUUGUAGCCACUCUGACGCAUCAAGAACUUUAGAUACUUGUCUCUUUUAUUAGGAGUUUUUGAGUAUGCUCUCUGCCUGGAGUGUCUUGCCCAAUAAAAGGCAAUUGCUUUGGGCAUGAUCACCUGUCACUUUUCCAGAGGUUCUUCCACAGGCUGCUGCCACGGAUAUCCUUACAUUUCAGAAAGGUUUUGAUCCUCACAAAUAAAGCUAACAACAACAACAACAACAACACAAAAACUACACUCAGCAAACAAUAGAUGUUCUGCUCAACUAUGAAUUUCUAAUGCAGCUAUGUUGACUUCGUUUCAUACUGCCAAUAAACGACUCUUAAUACUAAA